AUGUCCAAGUUCCUCCUCUGGACCGUCUCUGCGGCGGCCCUCGCGCGCGCCGCGACUCUUGAAGAUGUCUGUACCACUGCUCAUGCGAAGGCCGCUGUGCCUGUCUCCGGCCUGGUGCAGGGAGUGGUCACCAACCCUUCCAGUAUCACCGCGGCCCCCGUUUACAAUGAAUCCACCGCCGGUUCCGACUACUACCCGGCCGGUACCUAUGAUUACUGCAAUAUCACCAUGACUUAUUCUCAUGCGGGCAAGGACGAUAGCGUCCUGCUGCAAUUCUGGAUGCCCACUCCUGACGACUUCCAGAACCGCUGGGUGUCCACCGGUGGCUUUGGCUUUGCCAUCAACGUUGCCUCCAACGUGCCUGCUGGUCUUCCCUACGGUGCCGUCGCCGGCCGGACCGACGGUGGCUUUGGCAGCUUCGACACCCAAUUCUCCUCUGUGUACCCCCUGGUGAACGGUACCGCCAACUACGACGCUCUGUACAUGUUCGGCUACCAGGCUCACCACGAGAUGUCCUCCAUCGGCAAGGCCUUCACCAAGAACUUCUACAGCAUGUCCGACAAGCUCUACGCCUACUACCAGGGCUGCUCCGAGGGUGGCCGUGAGGGCUGGAGUCAGGUGCAGCGCUUCCCCGAGGAGUGGGAUGGUGCCGUCAUUGGUGCCCCUGCCAUCCGUUAUGGCCAGCAGCAGGUGAACCACCUGGUGCCCCAGGUCGUCGAGCAGACCCUCGACUACUACCCUGAGAACUGCGAGUUCUCUGAGAUGGUGACUCUGAUCAUCGACGCUUGUGAUGAGCUCGAUGGCCGCAAGGACGGCGUCAUCUCCCGCACGGAUCUCUGCCAGCUCAACUUCGACCUCAAGUCGACCAUCGGUAAGCCCUACGCCUGCAACGCCAGUACCAGCAUGGGUGUGACUACCCCGGCCCAGAACGGCACCAUCACUGCUGAGGGUGUGCGCGUCGCCCAAACCAUUCUGGACGGACUGAAGGACUCUGAGGGUCGCCAGGCCUACUUCUGGUACCGCAUUGGCUCCGAGUUCACCGACGCAGAGACCUCGUACGAUUCGACCACCGGCACCUACGGGAUUGACAUCUCUGAGCUGGGUGGUGAGUGGGUGACUCACGGACUGCAGCUGCUGGAUCUUGACAACCUCUCGAACCUGGACAACGUCACCUACGACACCCUACGUGACUGGAUGCUCGAGGGUCUCCAGCGCUACGAGGAUGUCCUGCAGACCACUUGGCCCGAUCUGUCCCGCUUCCAGGCUGCCGGUGGUAAGGUGAUCCACUACCACGGCGAAUCGGACAACAGCAUCCCUCCUGCCUCUUCGGUGCGUUACUUCGAGUCCGUCCGCGACACCAUGUUCCCCAACAAGACCUACAACGCCUCGGUCGAAGCCCUGAACGAGUUCUACCGCCUCUACUUGGUCCCCGGUGCCUCCCACUGCAACACCAACUCCCUGCAGCCCAAUGGUCCUUACCCCCAGAACUCUCUCGGCGAUCUGAUGAACUGGGUCGAGAAGGGCAUUGAGCCGGUGACUCUGAACGGAACGGUGCUGAGCGGCGACUACGAGGGAGAGGAACAGAAGAUCUGCUCGUGGCCUCUGCGCCCGCUGUGGAAGAACAACGGCACGGUGAUGGACUGCGUGUACGACCAGAAGUCGAUUGACACCUGGUUGUAUGAUCUGGAUGCGUAUGACAUCCCGAUCUACUAGGCUCAUACUUGCCGGCCUUUCCUUAGAAAAGCUCCAUUCUGUACAUUGUGUACAUUAGUCUGAAAAUAAUACCAUAGGCUAGAUGCCAUGCACCAAAUUCUAGAUCCAAAAGUAGACAUCGUCCGGGUAACAAGCAUUAAACUUCCGACUCUCGGAUCGUCCCGUAGGCAACAACAUC